AUGAGCGUCAUCCCCCGCGUGCAGCAUGUCUCGCUGGCCGUGCCGGCCGGGCCAGUCCAGCAGGGCCAGGGCGGCCAGGGCAAGACCCGGGUCAUCAAGGCCAUCGUCAUGCCCCGCCAGGAGCUGGACAGGAUCAAGGCGCACUCGCAAUGGCUGGCCGAGCAGGCGCGCGACGCCCAGCAGCGCGCCGCGCAGGUCAGGAGCAUGAAGGAGGCCUCGGAGGGCCUCGUCCGCAACUGGAAGAACACGGUGCUGAAUAAGCAACGAGAGCGCUUGGAACGGCGGCAGAGACGCAUUCAAGACGAGGAGGACCGCAAAAAUUCCAUUUAUCAGGCAUCACUGAGGGAGGCAGCUGAGGAGAGGAAGAAGAAAAUUGAGGAUGUCCGCAGGAUGCUUCUGUUUGAGAAAGAUGACAUCCAUCAAGUUAAUAGUGCCUUUGUGUUCUCUGAGGUAUUGCAUGAACGUUCAAAGCAAGUUGAAUUUAAUGAUUAUCUGAAACAAGUAGAGGAGAAAGCAAAGCAAGCCAAGGCGGACCAAAUCAAGCGAGAUGUAGAGGUAUACCAUGACGAAGAAGAGAAAAGGAAAGAACGAGAACACGCAGCUAAAAUGGAGAGAAAAGCAGAGAAUAUUAAAAUGAUGAAGGAGAAAGCAGAGAGAGAGGCUUUUCUUCUGGCAGGGGAAAAAGCGUAUGAGAAGCAAGACCUUGUAGAAAUGGCAAAAGAAAUAAAGCAGGUCGAAGAAAACAUACAGAGAGAGAUUCAGAGAAAAAAGGCUCAUGUAAAGAAAGACGCUUUGGAGAGCAUGGAAAUGAGUAAAGAGAAAGUAAAAAUGCAAAAACAAGAGGAUGAAGAUGAAGAGAAAGUCAUACAAAUAUAUCUAAGAGUGAAGCAAAGGAUGGAAUGCUUAAGAAAGAAGAGAGAAAUAGAGGCAAGGCAAGCCAAGCAUGAGCAUCAAGAGAAGAUACGUGCUGUCAUAGCAGAAAGCCUCAAAGAGAAAGAAGAUGACAUAGAUGGAAUGAUAGCCAAAGCUUUGAAAGAGAGAGAUGAAAGGGAGGCAGCAAUACUUCAAAAGAAGAAAGACUAUGAGGCCAGAUUAUUAAAAGAAAGAAAAGAUUACCAUGCUGAGGUAGAGGUUCAAAAGAAGAAAGAAGCAGCAGAGGACAAAGAAUUAAGGCAAUGGAUCUUAAUGCAAGGUCUUAAAAGAAAUGAAAUAGACAAAAUGCAUGAAAUUAAGAGGAAAGAAUCAGAAUGGGCAACGAAAAUGGCUGUGCGAGAUGGCUACAACAAGCAGAUAGAGGAGCACAGAGAGAUUAAGAAUAAGCAUUGUAUUCAAGAUCACCAAAGAUAUCAAAAGCUUGUGAGUCUGAUGGAAAAAGAGGACGCAGAUUUCUUUGAUUAUGCAAAUGAAGUCAUGAAUGAAUGUAAAGUUGGAGGACGCCCACUAUACCCCAUACAGAAAACAAUACAUGAAUAUCGUAAAAAGCAUGGCAUAAUAAAUCGUGAGAAAUAUGAAAAGUGGGCUAAGGAAAUGGCAGAACAAGAGAGACGAUACAGAGAAGAGGAUGAAGAUUAUAAUAGGCAACUGUCUAUAAUAGAUGAACCAACACCUACAUGCAAACCACUGUUCCCUCCACUGUUGAAGAAAUGUCCACUGUAACAUUUGAAUACUCAAGGCAAAGUUUAUACUAUGCAAUUCAACUUGACAGUACUUUGUAAUACAAACUAUUUCAAUUGAGGAGAUGAAAAGCGGACAAUAUUUGUUUCAAUAGGUUUAUUAUGUUUGCUUAACAAACAUGACAGCAGCAGAAUUAAAAUAAGUCUAAUAGGAAAUCAAUUAUGAAAUUGCAGAGAUACUUGGGCUCUGAAUGUCACACGUUGGUUUGAUAAGAAACACGAACUGAACAGAAUUGUUUGGAUGAUCAAGUCAUUCAUUGACAGUCACUACAAAAUUAAAGUCACUUGGAAUCUUGCACAUCACUGAGACUGCACCUCGCCACCACAUCUUGGAUCUUCUUUGGAACAUGCUAUUCCAAUUAUGUACAUAACACGGGGUGACAGCAGAAAUUACUGGCGGUCUCCACCUCCAGAGCGGCCUCCACGGCUGCCACCAGCACCACCACCUCCGCUUC